UUAACAGUCAGUCGGCAGUCGGUCUCGGUCGAGCAUGGAGUCUGCACGUGCAUCAAACAUUAAUGUCGACCUUGCACUGUGUCAUUCACGUAUACAAGAGAUUAACAAUGAUGACGAUGACGACGAGACUCAUAAUAAAUUGUGGGGCAAUUGUUUAGGGGUGGGCCGAGUCAAGAUGAUUGAUAUAUCAUUUUUUAACAUGAUUUUUUUAAUUUUAUGUGUUAUUUUGAUUAAUGGGGGAAUGAGGGUGGAGGGAAAAGCUGAAAUUUUUACUAAUGCUUUUCUCGUUAAAAUGAAACAACCCGCGGAGAGGAGUAUCGCUGAUCGUGUUGCUGUGAGAAAUGGAUUUGUUAAUCUUGGACCGGUACUUGGUAGCGAGACGGAGUAUCACUUUAUUCACAGAGCAUUGCCACAUGCGAGAAGCAAGAGAUCAGUGCCACACAUGAGGAGACUGAAGAUCGAUCCUUUGGUGCACACAGCGGUACAGCAGACGGGAUUCAAGCGCGUGAAGAGGGGCUACAGGCCAUUAUCGGUGGACAAUUUAGUCCCUUCUUACGACCAAAAACUGAUGAAGGAACAGGCGAGUCAGGAUCCAACUGAUCCGUACUUUCAGUACCAGUGGUACUUGAAGAAUACGGGACAAAAUGGUGGUAAACCCAAGUUGGAUUUAAACGUUGAGGCCGCGUGGGCGCAGGGCGUCACUGGUAAAAAUGUCACUACAGCUAUUAUGGAUGAUGGUGUUGAUUACAUGCAUCCGGACCUGAAAUACAACUACAAUGCUCAGGCGUCGUAUGACUUCAGUUCCAACGAUCCCUACCCCUACCCGAGGUACACCGACGACUGGUUCAAUAGCCAUGGGACGCGGUGUGCCGGGGAGGUUGCUGCUGCUCGCGAUAAUGGAGUUUGUGGUGUGGGCGUUGCAUAUGACUCAAAAAUCGCUGGCAUACGAAUGCUGGAUCAGCCCUAUAUGACUGAUUUAAUUGAGGCGAAUAGCAUGGGGCAUGAGCCCGAUCUCAUUGAUAUUUACAGCGCCUCGUGGGGACCUACGGAUGAUGGCAAGACCGUUGAUGGACCAAGAAAUGCCACCAUGCGGGCCAUUGUUCGUGGGGUCAAUGAGGGUCGCCGGGGUCUCGGUAACAUCUACGUCUGGGCAUCUGGAGACGGUGGUGAAGAGGACGAUUGCAAUUGCGAUGGUUACGCUGCCAGCAUGUGGACCAUUAGCAUAAACAGCGCUAUAAACGAUGGCCAAAAUGCUCACUACGAUGAAAGCUGCUCGAGCACACUCGCCUCGACAUUCAGCAAUGGAGCUAAGGAUCCAAACACCGGCGUGGCAACCACCGAUUUAUAUGGAAAAUGCACAACAACUCACAGUGGAACCUCAGCAGCAGCACCGGAGGCUGCUGGUGUAUUUGCAUUGGCUCUCGAGGCGAACCCCCAGUUGACGUGGCGUGAUAUCCAGCACCUUACAGUCCUGACGUCCAAGCGAAAUUCAUUAUUCGACGCUAAAGGUCGAUUUCACUGGACAAUGAAUGGAGUUGGCCUUGAAUUCAAUCAUCUGUUCGGCUACGGCGUGCUUGAUGCUGGCGCCAUGGUGGCACUGGCUAAAAAAUGGAAGACAGUGCCACCGAGAUACCACUGCGAGGCAGGAGCAGUAAUAAAUAACAUGAAAAUCCCAAGCGAAGGAUCAAUUUACCUCAGCAUAAAAACAGAUGCGUGCGCGGGCACUGACUAUGCUGUCAAUUACCUGGAGCAUGUACAAGCUGUUAUUUCCGUUAAUGCGACUCGACGUGGUGACUUGGAGCUUUUCCUUACAUCACCAAUGGCCACGAGAUCAAUGAUUCUGAGUCGAAGAGUUAAUGACGAUGAUCAUCGGGAUGGCUUCACAAAAUGGCCGUUCAUGACGACUCACACGUGGGGGGAGUACCCUCAGGGGACCUGGUUACUCGAGGUUCGCUUCAACUCUCAGGCACCUCAGAAGGGCUGGAUAAAGGAGUGGACUCUGAUGCUUCACGGUACGAGGGAGCCACCGUACACUGGAUUACCCGCAGCCGAUCCACACUCAAAGCUCGCUAUUGUGAAAAAAGCACACGAGGAGCGUUCGAGUGCAAUGUAACGAUCGCCAAAAUCAUGAGAGAAAGAAAAAAAUAUGAUACAGAGAAUAUAAAUAAAAGGAGAAACAAUGGACCGAAAGUCAUUUCCGCGCCAAAGUAAAACAGAUAUCACGACGGAGAUACAAAAUUCCUCUGCGGAAGGAAAAUGUUUAUUUAUUUUUAGAUUGUCCCCAUUUUCGGUUGAAUUCGUUGAUCAAUACGUUAUGUCGUGUCUUCCUCGGUGAUAUUAAGUUUACGAGGCACAAUAAUUCAAGCCUCUUGUGUCUCGUAAACCAAUUUAACUCAUUCUCAGUUCAAGUUUUUUCUACUGCUUUGUGAUGUUUUGUUUGAGACACACGACAUUAUUAGAUUUUUCAUCAUUUUUUCAUUAAACCUUGACGCAAAAAUCUACUCUUUCGAUGUCUAUGUAAUCGCACGCGUUAGUAUCUGUCUUCAUAAAACCAGAAAAACGAAAAAAAAAUAUGAAAAAAUAUAUAGAGAUAAAGAUGGAUCUGCAACUUUCCUCCUCCAUCACACGAUCCCCGUGUGACACUUUAUUUACAUUCCAAAUAAUUUGUGUCAGCGAAUCGCACAAAAGUAUCGACCAUUGGUUCCAUGACUACUCGACACACAUUCAUUUCAACAGAGAAAACAUUUUUUGAGAUAGGCCCUACUGGUGUUCGGCAGCCUAAGUACUGUUAAAUGGUUCUGGUGACACUGCUGUGAUAUACACUAACAAUGGGAGUUCCUUUAUAAACCUCCGCUGCACCACAGCGAAAACCAAAUCAAUAAAUUAUUGAAUAUAAAGUUUCGGAAAUUUAUUUUCUCUUUGGAAAUCCAUACUCUUCAUCAAAGAACCAAUUCAAUAUUGUAUUGAAAGGAGUCGUUACGAUACCGAGGAUAAUGCCCACGAGGGAAUUUGAACCCGCAACGUAUCAAAGAACCAAUUCAAUUUAUUACUUUGUUCAGAUACAUAUCUCGUGCAAAGGUGCAAAAAGUUGGCUCGAUCAGGCGUUGAACAUAUUGUUGACUACAAUUUUUUUCGCCUGUACUAGCCCAAAAUUUAUAUGAUGCAUGACUUGACAUGGAGAAAGUCAAGUUGAAGUUGCAUAUAGUUUUAUUAAUCAACAAAUAGUCUGGUUUUCAAACAACGGACAGUCAGUAUGAAUGCGAGUGAAUUGAUUGCUGACGUUUUCCGAACAGUUCUGACAAGACAGCUCUCCGCUCUAUUUCAGGUUUAUAUUCUGUGAGAAAUCAGGUGCGAAGGAAUUCUGUAAUCUACAUUGGGCGGAAAUGUUUACGCCGUGGCUGGUCUGAACCCCAAUAAGCCCCUACAUUUGUUGCAUUAAUUAAUAUUUACUAUUCUUGUGUUGAGUUGUUCUGCGUUGAUUAGUCAUGCAACCAAAAAUUUGGAUCUCUCAUUUGAAAAUGAUCCCAAUAAACUAGACUUAGAGACAAUUCAUAUCGAGUAUUGAAAUAAUUUCUCCUUUAUUUGUAAUUCCUACAUUGUGAUUCAGCAGAAUCAUGAAGUGAAGGAAAACAAUUGGGAGCAAAUUUCAAGAAUUUAAAACCGUAAAUUUUUCUUAAAUCACGUUGAGGAGGAAAAAAUGGUAAUUUUUCAAAAUUCUCCGGCAUUUAUUUGACUUCACGAGCCACACGGCAAAUAUCAGUAUUAAGUGUUAAUUAAAAACAACUGUGAGCUGUAAAACUAUGUACUUGUGACCUCAGAAAUUAUCACCACUAUAAUCUAAAUCAAUAAAAUCCAAUUGAUCAUGGGACAGAAUAGUAAAAAAAUAAUUCCCUCACUUUAACUACUACUUUGUCUCAUGCUCUGACUGAUCUGCAAGGAAAAUAAUAUUUCUUCAAAUUAAAAAAAAAAACAAUUUGUCGAUUAUUUUCGUUCAUCGUCGUCGGUGCUAAUUGAAUAUAACUUUGAGGAAUAUCAGAAGAUGCUCUACUCGAUUGAAAAUUCAUGUGAAUGUUCUUUUAUUUCAAUCCAUUAAUUUCAAGAAGAGAAAUAAUAUCGAAUUAGUGAACAAAAGGGUUCAUAAAUACAAAGAAAUAUCGUGAGUAAAAGAUGAAGAGAUUAAAGUUCUAAUGUAGAUAUUAUAGAGGAGUAGUGAUUGAGAGUUUGAGAUCACGUAUUUAAAUACAUAUAAAUAUAUAUGAAUUAUUAUAGUAAAAAGUGAUGAGAUAUGGAUUUAAUCGACCUUAUUAAAUUAAAUUCAAUGAGUUGAUGAUAUUUUCCACUAGAUUUUUCAUAUUAUUAAGAUUAUAUUAUUCUACAUUUAAUAUUUUUCUUUGAAAAUAUUAAACUUAUGCAGUGAGUUAUUUAUUUCAAACCGUCACAAUCAUAAUAAGGUUGAUUAAUUCAAAACUAUAAGACCAAAAAGAGAACUAAAUGAUCUAGAUCAUAAUUAAUCCCACAAAUACCAUCAUUUGGCGAAAAAACCGAGUGAAAAGGGGAGUAAAAAAAUACAACUGAUAAAAGAUGAAAAAUUGCAAGUACCUGGCGCUGUUAUUCUUCACUCCCCCCUGUUUUUUCUGUAAUAAAUUGUAUUCCCUCCUGGAUCCAAUUACCCUGGAAAAGAAAAAGUAAAAUAUAUAUUAUAAAGUAAUGAGAGAAUUUAAUUACAGAAGUGCGUUAGAUUUAACAAAAUACGUCGGCCCUGUCGCGGCUAUGAGAGAUAAUAUUUAUAACAGAAUGGAAUAUAACAUGAUAUUAAGAAAUAAGAAAAAGUCUAUAAUGAAAGAGUGAAAUAUAAACAAAAUCCUUAUUUGGAA